AUGAGACCUAACCCAACCAAGUGCGCCUUCGGUGUUUCUUCCGGUAAGUUCCUCGGCUUCAUGAUCAGCCAGAGAGGGAUCGAGGCAAACCCUGGGAAAAUCAAGGCCAUAAUUGACAUGGAGAGGUCGAAGACACCUAAAGACAUCCAGAGCCUCACCGGGCGUGUCGCUGCCUUAACCAACUCCAUUUCUAAAGCCACCGAUAAAUGCGUACCAUUCUUUAAAGCCUUGAAAGGGGGCAAACACCAUGUCACAUGGACUGCUGAAUACGAUAAGGCAUUUCAAGACUUAAAGAACUACAUGAGCAAAACACCUUUGUUGUCAAAACCCCUCCCAGGGGAGGUUUUGUUUCUUUACCUUUCGGUAUCCAGCAUUGCCGUUAGCACAAUAUUAAUACGCAAACCAGAGAAGGCGGAGCUAUUGAUCUUUUAUGUCAGCAAAGCACUGCAAAGUGCAGAGCUUCGGUACCCUUCCCUAGAACAGCUGGCCCUAGCUCUCGUUGUCUUAGCCCGAAGACUCCGUCCGUACUUCCAAGCGCACGAAAUCACAGUCUUAACCAACCAACCGCUUCGGCAGGUACUCCAGAAACAGAAAAAAUUCGGCCGAUUGGUCAAGUGGGCAAUUGAGCUUGGAGAGUUUGACAUACAAUUCAAGCCAAGACUAGCGGAGAAAGGUUAG